CACGGUUCUGAACACGGUCGUCGGUGACUGAGGGAUCGCGUACCGCAGAUCGCAAUCUCGCACCAACCCCUUUCCAGCACACCACACAGGGGCGCACUCACCCCGCUGCCAUCGCCAUGGCCCUCAAGCUCAGGCCCACCCACUCUCCCGAGCCGCCCCCCUUCUCCUGGGACACCCUCCCCGCGACGCCCCCCACGCCGUCCGACACCGACGCCCCCGCUUCGCCGCCAAUUCCCUGGCUGUCAGCGCCUGACAUGAAGACCUAUGGCGCAGAGCCACUCAAGUCCGAGAUCGGCCUCGUCAAGUGCAAGGACUGCCACAGGCCCGUCCUCCGGAGCGGUGUCGAGGAGCAUGCCGCCAACUGCGCGAAGCUCCGCGCCGCGUUCAAGAAGAGCGCGAAGGGAAGGGAGGCAGAGUUCUCCAAGGGCAAGAAGCGCAAGGCCGAGGACGAGGAGCCGACACCUGAGGACCCCUCCGCGCCCAAGAAGAAGAAAGCCGCGACGAAGGUCACCAAGGGCCGCUUCAAGGGCCCCGUCGACUACGACAAGCAGUGCGGUGUCAUUAACGACAAGAACCUCCCCUGCUCGCGAUCCCUUACCUGCAAGUCUCAUUCCAUGGGUGCCAAGCGCGCCGUCCAGGGCCGUUCGAGGCCGUACGACGAGCUGCUCCUCGAGUGGAACCGGCUCAACAACCCCAACUUCGUCGAGCCGGUCAAGAAGGAGAGCAAGGAGCAGCGCAAGGAGCGCAAGGAGAAGGAGAAGGCUGACAAGAAGCGCCAGGCGUUGGAGGCUGCUGCCGCCGCCGGCAUGGACCUCACGAAGAAGGGUGCGGUCGCCGCGGUCACCGGUGCUGCGACGAAGAAGAAGAAGGGCGCUGCGGCCGCAACCGCUGCCGCAGCCGUCGCAGCAGCCACCGUCGCAGGCCAGGACGACGGCUACGAGAACCUCGACGAGCUCGAUUCCGAAGCAGAGGUCGACUCCCUCGUCCACGCCGUCCGUGCUGCGCAGAAUGGCGGCCUGAUCGGCGUCCCUCUCGCUGUCUCCUGCGACGCGAGCUCGUGGUUCGUCGCGCGGAGAGAGCGAUUGCGCAGCUGUCACCAGUUCGUGUCCAGUGCGCUGAUGCCGCCUUCGCGUAACUCUGUCGGCCCAGGCGGCGGACGCCUGACAUGAACGCGUUCCAGGUCAUGACCUUCACCUCCUCCCACUUCCCAUACCCCUUCAUUCGAUGAUACCACGCAUACAUCCUUUAUUUCGUCCCGCGAUGCUCACGACAGGUACCAUCACAAUGCCCAUAUUCUCAUCCAUGAAAACGCUGGGAAACUCGGAUCCGGAGGAACUUGAAAGAACCACUAAACCGUAAAGCACGAUGGCUUGGGAGAAGGUGUCUGCGAUGCAUCGCGUGUGGUUGCUGUGGGUAACAUAUGUC